AUGGCCGACUCCCCGGUGCCCUCGCCUAAUUCCAAUACAGACAGCCCCACACUGUCUGAUAUCAGCACUGAUCUGAGGGUGCUCACCUCUACCACGGUCCCCAAAUCAGACCUGGAAACACUGUCGGCAGAUAUCCAUGCGCCUAUCUGCUCGGAGGUGGCCACUGAGGACAGAGAUGGCGUCCCAGGGGAGUCGCAUACAGGCCCUGGAAACAUCAACUCUGUACAUCCAAACACACCAGGAGACCUGAUGAGACAGGGGAACAUGCUGCUAGCACUCAGGCGGCAAACGGAAGACCUGGAUAUCAGAAGCCACAGAUCUAAUAUCAGAGUCAGAGGCUUACCUGAACUGCAAAGCCUCGAGAACAUCACUAGCAUUCUGGAGAUUUUAGGCACGGACGCGCCCACCUGUCUUGAAUUCGAUAGGACACACUGGAUGACCCAGCCAAGACUGG